AUUCGGGUAAGCUGACUUCUAAUAUAUAAUUAACCGGCAUUAUUAUUGAUAUGAAUCUGUAUCACCAUUAUUAUUCGUUUGUUAUUUUGUCACUAUGAUUGUCGUUGUCGUGGUUGUUGUUGUUGUUGUUAUUAUUAUUAUUAUUAUUAUCAUCUUAGACGUAUUACUGACUACUAGUACAAGACUUAGUGGAAGGAGACUACUACAGCUUCGCACGUUUCCACUAAAAGCCCCCAAGUGGCUCCAGUCGAACCCGACCGAACGAAAGCUCGAAGGUCACCUUCAGGCUUCAGCGCUUCCGGCUCCACAGCGUGGCUUUCCCCGUCUCUUUGGCCGUGCGAGAAUCGCUCUUGGGUGUGGAUACGGCUUGGUGCCGAUCUGAAGAAGUAAUUUAUUCUAUUUCUGAUCCAGAGCGCGUGUACGGUUUAUGCCUGCUGAAGAACACCGCCUAAUUGUUUGGUUCGGCCGAAGAUCCUAAAGCAUCGUAGCCGUCAUGAUUCUGAUACCGCAUAACGCGAAGAGGGUUAGAGACCA